CCGGAAGUUAUAGCAAGCGGGGACCGAAGGAAAGAUGGCGGCUGAAGAAUCUGAUCGUCUCCAGAGCGACUGUGACGGUGUAAAUUGCCUGACGUACGAUGAAGCGAUCAUUGCCCAGCAGGACCGUAUACAGCAGGAGAUUGCUGGGCACACUCCACUUCUGUCUGACCGGUUGGAACUCUCUGUACUCUACCAGGAAUAUGCUUCCGAUGACCAAGUUUACCAAGACAAGAUAAAGGACUUGCACAGGAGAUACACUCACAUUCGUCGAACAAGACCAGAUGGCAACUGUUUCUACAGAGCAUUUGGCUAUGCCUAUUUGGAAGCUCUGCUGGAUGGAGGAAGUGAACUUGAAAGGUUUAAGGAGGUGGCAUUGCAGAGUAAGGAAGAGCUAAUCAGACAAGGGUUUACAGAAUUUACUAUAGAAGAUUUCCAUAACACAUUUAUGGAUCUAAUUGCUCUUGUAGAGAAACGCCCGGGAGUGUCAGAGCUACUAGCUGCAUUUAAUGAGCAGACUAUUUCAGAUUAUGUGGUCGUCUACCUGCGUCUUCUGACCUCUGGCCACUUGCAGAGAGAGACUGUCUUCUAUCAGCACUUUAUAGAAGGCGGAAGGAGCGUCAAGGAAUUCUGCCAGCAGGAAGUUGAGCCCAUGUGUAAGGAAAGUGACCACAUUCACAUCAUUGCUCUCUCCCAAGCCUUGAAUGUUUCUAUCCAGGUUGAAUAUAUGGACAGGGGUGAGGGGGGCAGCACAGUCACCCACGUGUUUCCUGAGGGUUCAGAUCCACAGGUGUUCCUGCUCUACAGACCUGGACACUACGACAUUCUCUAUAAGUGACCUGCUCUGUGUUCUCCUUCACACCCCCUUCCUUGUGAAAUCACUUUCUCUUCUCUCCACCUUCCUCUGUGCUUUAAUCUGUUCCCCCAUUAUCUGUACAUUAUCCUCUGCCUGUAAUGUUUUAUUUUAAUGGAGCAAAAUAAAUAAACUAUACAGACUUGUG